UGGCCUCGUCUAAAGACAAUUGAUAUAAAUGAGAUGAUUCAGAUUCAACCUUCAGAAUCUCAGCCUUUUGUUCUCUUUUUAGCUGUCGUUGUGAUUGAUGGUAACCAUGGCUACAGUAUUAGCAUUAUGAUCAAGAAGAGCCUUGAUGUCCUGACUAUCGUUAUCCCUCCAGCUCUUCCUGCUGUCAUGACAACGAGUCUUUUUCUGGCACAAAUUCGGCUUCGUCGUCACGGGAUCUUCUGCAUCAAUCCAUCGGCAAUUAAUCUUGCUGGUACGCUGGAUACGGUUGUUUUCGACAAAGUGAGUACAUAA